AUUAUGCCGAUGUCGGCAUGUAACAGCACGUGCUUGUGAAACCAGAGUAGGUGGAUGAUCCUUCUGCAGCAGAACGAAGUGAAUUCAUGAGGAAACACGACUAGGAGCAACUACUGGCUCCACAAAUAGUUGAUUAUACUGGCAUCAAGACAAGGAAUGUCAACGAUGAGCAGGGGAUCAGGUGCCGCAGGUGUGUUGCAAUCGAUAGUGGCGUCGUCUUGUAGCAGCCUCGGACGAGUGACGGGCUUUUCUCCGCCAAUGCGUAGGAGCGCGUGCGCCUCCACAAGGUCAAGGAGUGGCACGAGAUCGUUCACCACGAAUUUCUCUUCAUCGUCGUCUUCUUCGACGAGGAGGCAGACGUACGAACGAACAAGACCUGCGAGUUUCUUCGCGCCUGGUGCGUCCUCCGGGGCCGCAGCGUUUCGUGCAUGUGCGUCCGGCACUUCUGCACUUACCUCUGGUGGUUCCUGUGCGUUUUUGUCAGUAUCACGACUUUGCUUCGGUCCGACGGUAAGAAGAGAGUUCGACCUCCAAAGAAUACUGCAGAACGACGACGUUGGUCGCGACGCUAUCGGUAGUGGAAAGACGCUUCAUCGGGACCUUACCGAAAUGGAUUGCACAUCGAGAGCGGGUGAAACAUAGUAUUUCAUGUAAAUGUGUGCAUAGAAGAACAAGAAUCAUCUAUUAAAUACAUAAGGACUAGUUUCAGUCACAGUCUCAGUCGUAGGAUGAAUAUGAAUCAUCUGUCAUUGUCAAUAAAUUCCAACGAAAAUGUCUUACUCUUAUAGUGCAAGUGCAAGACGUAAACAUCCUAAAGGGCGGGUUUCCCUCUUAUUUUUCAUGAUGAUCAUGAGAAUGAGCGUCCUCGUCGAUCUUUUUAGGUGUAUCACCGCGUGCGCGUCUGAAGAGAUAUCUGCGGAAGACGGGGUCGCUGCCAUAUCGUUUUUUGGGGCUGUUCCUCGAUAGGAAGAAACUUGCGAAAAAUGCAGCGAUGCGGUCAGGAGGGAUAUACUCGAAUCCUGCGUUCUCUAGCGAAGAAAUGCACAACAUGAGGCGUCUUGGAGAGCUGGGCCGCGAAGCAGACAAACUUCGAUUCAAAGGCUUAGAGAGGCACAUGGUAUAAUUGCUAGUAAAUUUUGAUUGUGCUAGAACUAGCUGUAUCUGCACUACGUGCAGUGUAAUUUCUGUCAAGGUUGUAUUGUUUGUGCUUUUAUUUCUUAAUAGAGUUGUAUCGGUUGUGCUUUUUCUUGUUCCACCACCCUUGUUAGAUUAUUGUUUAAAUCAUUCAAACCCUAUAAUACUGAUGUAGAUGUACUUGUAUCUGAAGCACUGACUCCUGAUUGUACUCCAUCCUCGUCUGGCCCAGGGCCGGACAGGGUAUGAAGGGGCUUCGCGGUUUCCAAAAGCGCACUUGCUACUGCGCCUAUUUAUUUUAAGGCUUUCGCCCCUAAACCGAAUCCAUCUUCGGAAGCAUCCCGAGACCGUUUUAAAGAGGGAAGAGGUCAUCUCAGCCUCAGGAUGCUCUUGAAAAUAAGUAGCUUCAUGGGGUGAGUUCUAAUUAUUGGCUCUGACAAGCUCAAGAGUGCCGCGUCCGGUCGUCAGUGGGAUCUGAUACGAGGCUCCACGGAAAUUCGCAUGAUCUUUCUCGCCAUAGCGUGGCUCCUUCUCUUGUAUUUCCAAAAUUUUGAUCUUGUUCUGUUCUAAGCCUUGGCGUUUCUCUUUAUUUCCAAUACAUCUGCCUUGUAGCUCGAUGUUGUUCUCUAAUCCACUUACGGCACUAAGUCUAAUGCAUUCACAAAAUCUCCCACAACCUUCCUCUUCCCUUGCUAGAGGUACGCAUCUUCAACCUCCCUGAUCGAUAUCUGGUUAUCAAAAUCAUGAUAAGUACUUAAGUACCUCAAAAACAAAAUGGAGGAAAUACUAAUACUAUCAACAACAACUACUACAUUUAUAAUAUAUAUCAGCGGCGGCUUCAUCUACUGCAUACUUAUACCUACCUGUUUUCCGGCGGAUAUGGGCGAUUUUCGUGAGCUCGACGCAAUUGCUUAUGUUCGCUGGUUUUCUGAGGAUGAUGUUGAUGUAAUUGGUGAUGGAAUCAUAUUACUACAGGUGAACGUGAUUAGAAUGCCAUCGUCAAGGACUAAGAAGUUGGACGACUACAACAACUACAACUGCAUAAAAAUGCAGGAGUCUUCUGUACUAUCUCUAUCUCUACUUAUCUCUAUCUCUAUCUCUAUUCUACCUGUAUAUAUCUUCUUGUUGUAAUAUCUCUAUACCCAGCUGUGAUAGUUUUGAUCUUUUGAUCAUCAGUUCUAACUCCUGCUAGCAGACUAUUCCUCGGAAGACGAACUGAUCGACGAAACGUUGGAAGGCUUUCUUGGUGACAUUCGCAAUCAAGAGCAGAUGCUUAUCGAAAAAAUCCGAAUUGAAAGAGGUUUUCAGCCAGGAGCGGGCGCCGGGAGCAGUAGUGCUGCUGGGAAGUGAGUUGCUGGUCGACGAGGAUAUUGAUAUAUGUACCAGGGAGGGAGGCAGCCCUCCUGUGGUGUGGUCUGUGGUAUUACCCUUUAGCCCUGAGCCCUGGAACAUGUAAAUCUAUUUCUUCUAUGAUGAAGAUUCAACAUUGCAGUUGUAAAGAUUGAUUAUGCUUAUGAUGCUGUCCGUCGAAUUCGUCAGGGAAAUCUUAGGCAGAUUGCCGAGUAGAUUUACAUCAUCGUGAUGCUGUCCGUGAUGUCACAAGCUGCUCCAGCCGAAGUCAUCGGCGAUGUGCAAAAAAGGUCUAUUAUUCAACAAAUUGCCAACUACUACAUGAUUUACAGCAGAUCAAAAUAUGACUUUACAUUUUCAUGUACUAUAGCAUUAGCAGAUAAUAUAAUUGAUUUGGCUAUGAAGAUCAUGCCUUGCAAUGCGAUGAUUUACCGCAACAACAUCUACUCACUGCGCAGUAAAGAAACUGCGAUCUUCGGUUUCUAUGUCUAUGAUGUCGCGUGCAAAAUAUUUAUAAAAUCUGCAUUAUCAUCAAAAUGAUUUUCGGUCUUGCUUGAUCCCGUCGCUGUUAUCUGUUGCGCCGUAAAAGCGGCUGAUACGGUCUCCUUCACGUUCUUACCUGUCUGCUGCGAUAAACAAC